AUGUUGCAUGAACUACUUCUUGCUCUCUUUGGUCAUACUGGAAGUAUAAUCAUAGAGGAUCAGAAUUCUUUCACUGUUAACCCUAGUCUUGAUUUCUUAUCUGCAGCUGAGAUUGAAAUGAUUAAUAGGAUAGCUCAAAUAGGCUACUUAUUCAAAUAAGUCUAAAUAUUUUAACAGAGAUAUGGCGGAAUAUCUACAAAACUAGCGAUAAGACUAGCAUAUGAUGACUUAAACUAGCAUAUGAAUCAAAACUAGAGAGGAGAACAUGACUAAUCAAACAACAGUGAUGAUGAAGAUUAAAAAGAUGAUGAGAUUAUAGGAGUAUACAUUAAAGCAUUUUGUAGUGGAGUAAAUGAUAUAUUAACAACAUACAAACAACAUCUAUUAGCAAUUGAGCAUGAAUAUUUGAAAGAUAGAUCACUUACAAUUCCAUGUCUUUAACAAAAGCUUGCAAUUUAUUUGCAAAUUUUUCCAGCUAUUAUUUCUCUAAUGGAGGAUAUAGAGGACUAAGGAUUGAAAGGAGGUCAAUUAUUAGAUGCUAUUUACCACAAAUGUACAACUGGUAACCCAGUUAUAAAGAGUAUGUUCAAUAAGAUUUUGUAUUGUUGCCAUCGUGUUUUAUUCCAUCAAAUUAAUGCUUGGAUUGUACAUGGUUAGCUUGUUGAUUUAUGUGAGGAAUUUUUUAUCCACAAGAUAAAUACUUAGGCUCAUGGAGUUAACUAAAAAAAAGAAGAGGCUGAGGAAUCAAAACUGAACUAGACUGUAAACUCAAUAAUGAGCAUUUAAAACUUAAAUUUGGUAGGAUCCAUAUUAACAAUGGAUCCAGAGGGUUUUGGAGCUGAUGAUGACACUAAAGAUGAUGAAUGGAAUUCUGUAUAUACUCUAAGAAUUUCAAUGUUGCCUUGUUCUUAUUUCCCUCCAUCACUAGCAGAGAAAAUUCUAUUCAUCGGCAAAGCAGUGAGAGUUCUUUAAUCUAAGAGAACUUAAGUUAGCGAUAGGAUACCAAUUAGUGAUUUGGAAGCAUUUUCGCAAGCUAUUAUGAAACUUUAGAAAAUGCCUGAAAUAAAUGUUUUACUAAUCUCAAGAAUUAUUGAGGAAAUAAGAGAAAGUAUUGCAAGUAGAUUACUUCAUUUGGUAGUUAUUAAAGCAAAUCUAAUUGAUCACUUAAAAGAGGCAAGAUAAAUUAUGGCUCUUCAUCCCUAGUCAACAUCAGAGUUUGAAUUAAAUAGCGGUCCACUUCAAUAAACAAUAAUCAAGCUAGGAUUAGAAGAAGAUCCAUAUUUAAAGAGAUUCAAGAUUAAAUUAAGAUCAUUCUAGUUUAAUUUCCCAAAUUUUAGCAGAUUAAGUGGGCUUUUCUAUAUUGGUGAUGUAUAUAUAGACAACAAAAGGAAUCACGCAUUUAGAAUCAGAUCUACAAAAACUUCACGAAAAAGUGGAGCUCUUUGGCACUGUAUCAAGCAAAGAAUUGAUAUGGGUUUUAAAACAACAUUCGCAUUUAAAUUCAGAAAUAUGAUAGCAAAUGAAAAAGGGAACAUGGGACUCAAUGCCAGUGUGAUAAGUGGAUCAAUUAUGGGUUCUCCAGGAAAAGCAAGCACAAGAAACUAUCUAAGCCAAGAGCAACAUUUUUCAAUACCUCAAGGAAGAGUAAUUACAAUUAUUUUGAUAUAUAAUUAGAACUUUGGAGGAGGACAGCGUUUUGAUUAAACAAUUAAUAGUAUUGCUGGAGAUGAGUAAAUGCUUGGAACUAAUUUGAAUCAGAAUAUUGGAGGAGGCUAAAGUCUAUCUGCAGCUCUAUGCUUCAUUAUUUAGAAUGAGAAGGAGGUGACAAGUUAGAAAAGAUCAACUCCAAUGGGAACUUCAGAUUUGAAUUCAUACAUAAGCAUCAAAUUUCUUACGAAUAUCCAAGCUUUUGGCGGAUAGUUAAAUCAUCAUGGAAGAACUAGCUUGUUGAGAUAGCAAUAUCAGACAUAAAAUUUAAUUUAAAUAUGGGCUUCUAGUGAAACCAGUAUAGGCAAAAUUAAAGCUAUGAUUGAAGAUUCUGGUUAAGGAGUUUAAAGCAAAACUGAAGUAUUGCUAGCUGAAAAGGAUAUCUCAAAUGAUAUAGACUUCAUUGAUGCAGAUUCUCAUUAAAUUUAAAUAGAAUACUCAAAUGAAGAGCUAAGAGUUUUUGUGGUUGAUGGCUAAUUAUCAAUACAUCAAGAUUCAUAGAAAAUUCUAAUUCUCUCAACAUAAAUCAAACUCAAUGACUAUAUCAGACUAGAUAAUGGAACUGCGUAUCUUGGUUUUACUCAUGAAACUUUAAACAUGGUGAAUUUAGUUUCAUUGGAGAAUUGGUCAUUUAUCUCAGAAGCAAGAAGCAAUUAACAAGAUCCAUGGAAUGGAUUAUCACUCGAUUAUAGAUCGCAUUGGCCAUUACAUUUGAUGUUUAGUCCUGAUGUCAUUGAAAAAUACAACACUCUAUUCAGAUUCCUUUUACCUAUAAAGAGAGUUUAACUUGAUCUAUAGCAUGUUUGGUCAACCAAAGUAAGAUAAAUGAAGUAGUACUCACAUUAGCCAUAAUUCAGAUAAACUAUGCUUUUAAGACAACAUAUGAGCUUCUUAAUGGACAACCUUUUCUAAUAUCUAUAAGUUGAUGUUCUUGAAAGUCAAUGGAGCAAACUUGUGAAAGGUAUAAAUGAAUCCUAAGACUUUGAAGAAGUUAGGAUGCUUCAUGACAAAUAUCUAAGUUCACUACUAGAGCAGUGUUUUCUCAACAAUAACAAUCAGGUUUUGAAGCUGCUUCAGGAUGUAAUCCAUAUGUGCCACCUGCUUUGCAAGUUUUUCAGACAAAUUGAUGAUCAAAAGCCCAGUGAAAUCGAAGAAGAGUUCAACUAAAUCAAGUAUAACUUCGUCAUUUAGAGUAACAAGGUCUUCAAGCUUCUUUCAAACUUCAAGAAUUAUCAUCAAAGUUCUCCAUACUUAGCACAACUUUUGCUGAGACUGGAUUACAAUAAUUAUUUGAGUUACUAGUCUGAAAGAAUUGAAAAUGAAAGAAAUAGAAUGCUUGAAGCUAACUUUAACAUAGCUGCUAAAUAUAGAAUUUGA